UGGUUUAUCCGUAAUUUUACCGCGCAACGAUUUCUCCCUGCCACCUCAAUCCCACGGCGACCUCGUUUUCGAGAGUUCGCCACUCCUCUGCAAACCCUAAUUACUGCAAUUGGAAAAAUCUUUCCGUCCUCCCUGAUUCCAGUUCGAAUUCCCAAUUUCACCGAUGACUUCGUCGAAGAAAAGUUACAAGGAGAAAGUUGCCCGCCGCAAGGAGGAGAAAGCGGCGGAGCAACCGGAGUUGCCGAAGUACAGAGACAGAGCUAAGGAGCGAAGGGAAGAUCAAAAUCCCGAUUAUGAGCCGACUGAAUUGGGUUCUUUUCAUGCCGUUGCGCCUCCCGGAAACAUUGAUCUCCGGGCAGCUGAGGUACAGAAGUUGUCCAUUGAGAAGAGCAAGUAUCUUGGAGGUGAUGUGGAACACACACAUUUGGUCAAAGGAUUAGAUUACGCUUUACUUAACAAAGUAAGAAGUGAGAUUGACAAAAAGCCAGAUGAUGGAGAUGAGACUGAUGCAAAAUCUAGAGCAUCUAAGGAAGACCAAAAAAUUUCAUUUCGCACUGCUACUGCAAAGUCAGUGUACCAAUGGAUAGUCAAGCCCCACGCCGUUAUCAAAACCAACGAGAUGUUCCUACCUGGUAGAAUGUCAUUCAUUUUUAACAUGGAGGGAGGAUACACUCAUGACAUCCCAACCACCUUGCAUAGGAGUAAAGCUGACUGUCCACAGACAGAGGAAGCAGUAACUGUCAAUGUUGAUGGUUCUGUACUUGACCGAAUUGCUAAAAUUAUGUCAUAUCUUCGUCUUGGAUCUUCUGGGAAGGUUCUCAAGAAGAAAAAGAAGGAAAAAGAUGCAAGAGGUACAGGAAAGAUUUCAGUCGUUGGUAAUGAGUAUGAUGGAGAGGAUAAGUCCUUGAAGCCUGAUGAUGGGAUUUUGAAGAAGGAAACUAGAAGGGAGAUUUUGCCACCACCCCCUCCACUCCCUCCCAGGAAAAAUCACAUACAUUCAAAAGCACAACAAGGCCCAACUGUUGCCAGAGUAGACGAGGAUGACAUUUUUGUUGGGGAUGGUGUUGACUAUGUUGUUCCUGGUAAAGACUUGAGUCAAAGCCCUCUCUCCGAGGACAUGGAAGAGUCUCCUCGGAACAAGGAAAGAGUUUCUUAUUUUGAUGAACCUGCUUAUGGUCCUGUCCAACCCGUCCAAUCCUACGGGGUGCCUCAGGAAUGGCAAGAUAUGAACGGAUACGAUGCGGCACAAACACAAACUAUGGACGGUGCCUACCAGGGAGAGUGGCCAGAAUACCAAUAUGCUGAGCAAAUGGCUUAUCCUGAACAAUACCUCCAGGCAAAUAUGGAGGGUUACGAUGAACAAACAGGCUUAAACAUGCAGGAUCCACGCUUUAUGACUCAAGAGGAGAAGGAUCGGGGUUUAGGAUCUGUGUUUAAGCGGGAUGACCAAAGACUUCAACAAUUGAGGGAGAAGGAUGCCCGAGAAAAGGAUCCAAACUUCAUCUCGGAGAGUUAUUCAGAAUGUUACCCUGGUUAUCAAGAAUAUAAUCGUGAGGUGGUUGACAGUGAUGAUGAAGAUGACUUGUCAAAAAUGGACAUGGGUGGACGAGCUAAGGGUCGUCUUCACCGGUGGGACUUCGAGACAGAAGAAGAAUGGGCAACAUACAAUGAGCAAAAGGAGGCUAUGCCCAAGGCAGCUUUUCAGUUUGGUGUGAAGAUGCAGGAUGGUCGUAAGACACGAAAGCAAAACAAGGACCAGAAGAUCACUAAUGACCUGCACAAGAUCAACAAGAUACUUGCUAGAAAGAAGAUGGAGAAGGAUAUGGACGGUGAGGGUGGCGGCCAUUAUGACGAUGAUGAACAGCCUGGCAAGAAGAUUCGAGUUUGAAAAUAGUUUAGUUAGGUUAACAGAUUGUAAUAUUUAGUGGGAAUAAUUUGAUUGCACCUUCAAACUGCGUUGGAUGGAGGUAAGCGAAUGGAAAAUGUCCUUUACGUUGUUUGGAAAUUUAACACCAACUUCGACUCG